AUGAGUUCUGGUGACAGUGUAACAUCAUAUGAUACUGAAGGAAGAAUAAAGCAAGUUGAGUAUGCAAUGAUUACAGUUAACUUGGGUACCACAACAAUUGGUGUUAAGCUUGAUGAUUGUGUGAUCAUUGUAUCUGAAAGAAAGUUAACUAAUAAACUCCAGAUACCACAAAGUGUUAAGAAACAUUUUAAAAUUUAUGAUAAGAUUUUGAUGGGAUGUUCAGGUAUUAUUACUGAUGCACCAACCAUCAUAGAUAGAUGUAUGAGUCUUUGUAUUAAUCACGAGUCAAUUUUUGGUGAACAAAUGCCUAUUAAAGAGUUAAAAAAUGAAAUUUGUGCAAUGGCUUUACAGUUCUCAGAAAGUGACAUUCAUAGAAAGAUUUAUAGUAGACCUUUUGGUGUAUCGAUGCUAUUAGCUUCUCAUGAAAAUGAAGAAACAAAACUAUUCUGUAUUGAUCCAUCAGGUUCAAGUGUUUCUUAUAAAGCUUAUUCAAUUGGUUCAGGACAGGAAACAGUAAACAGUCAGUUAGAAGAAAAUUUUAGUUCUUUUACUGAUAAAGAUACCACUAUAAAGAUUCUUAUAAAGAUACUUAGAAAUGUUAUGAAAGAUGAACUUGAUUCUAAUAAUGUUGAGAUAAGCACUGUAUCUAAUGAGGGAGUUGUUUAUUACACGCCUCAAAUGAUUGAAAAUUACGUUUAA